AACGAAGCGGGCGUAUAUAUUGACGAGCUGCAAUAUCUUGGUACACUCGGUAUACUCUCGGCUUGGAUUGCCUGUCGCUUCAUUCUCUAUAGUAUUGACGAUGUGUGUUUUUAGGUAUGGCCGUGAAAAGUACGGAAUUCGCUGUACAUGGUCGGAAAGAGAGUGGAUUUAAAUCCAUGUACAAGGCACAAUGAUUUGUCAUAAUGCAUUGGAAGCACAAGUGGACCCUGAACGGACCGGGAUUAUGUUUUUAAUUGUGUUUUAGUGCCUGAUAACGGGUUGAAUUGUGGUUCAAUCCCGGCUAGUCGACCAGCUGUCAUAUUGUACCAGUUCUCGUAUUCACGUUCAUAGUUUUGUACACACAGUGCAUAUGGAGAAACGGGAUGACCGCCCGUGCAUAAACGCUUACGCUUUCUACGUACGAUAGUAACGUAGCGCCAGCAAAUCUUCUUUCGCGUUAUAUAUAUAUUUUUUUGCCUUGGAGGUAAAAGUAUCCAAACAUAUCUUUUUGGGAAGUCUACACUCAAAGAAUUAAUACAUGGAAUAUAUUAUGCAUAUAUAGUUGUGAAUAUAUAAGAACAACACAUUCUUAUUAUAUUCAUAUUACAUGAAGACAUGUUUUUGUAAGGAGACACGUACAACUCUUUUUGCGCUUCCACGGAAUGACAGCGGUAUAUUAGUGAGGAUUUAUAUCAAGUGUGAAGAGGUUUCAGAGGAGAAAUAUGUCGAACCUCACGUAGUCUGUGAUAACGCAACAUAGUUGGAAACAUAUAUUUUAUCCCCGCCACAGUGGCACUCUUGCAGUUUAAGUUUGUAUGCAAGAGUGGAAAGCGUCUGUUGACGUAGUGACAAUCCGGGGGUUGAAUAGCUACGGUCGUGUGGACUCGGGGAGCACAAAAAGGGAACAGGUGUAAAUUAUGCAGAAAAUGGCACACUGGCGGCGGGUAAACGGUGCUGGUGGUGACGAGGAAUGCGCACAUCCCAAUCUCAUCGUGUAUCGAAAGAUUGAGAAAUUGAUUCAGCGAAUGCAAGAUGAGAAGAAUGGUGUACCUGUCCGGACUGUUAAAAGUUUCAUGUCUAAAGUUCCUAGUGUUUUUACAGGAGCUGAUCUGGUUCAAUGGUUGAUGAAGACGUUAGAUAUUGAUCAAGGUAAUACCACAGCGAACUCAAUACAUUUAGGGUCAUUGCUAGCAGCUCAUGGCUAUUUCUUCCCCAUUACGGAUCAUGUGCUUACACUGAAGGAUGACAACACAUUCUAUAGGUUUCAAACACCUUACUUCUGGCCCUCAAAUUGUUGGGAACCGGAAAACACAGAUUAUGCGGUAUACUUGUGCAAACGAACUAUGCAAAACAAAUCAAGGCUAGAACUGGCAGAUUAUGAAGCAGAAAAUCUGGCCAAACUGCAGCGAAUGUUUUCCAGAAAAUGGGAAUUCAUUUUCAUGCAAGCAGAAGCACAAGCAAAGGUGGAUAAAAAGAGGGAUAAGAUGGAAAGGAAAGUGUUGGAUAGUCAAGAAAGAGCAUUCUGGGAUGUCCAUAGGCCUGUACCGGGGUGUGUUAACACUACUGAAAUGGACAUCAAGAAACUCAGCAGAAUCAACAGAACGUUCAAGAAGAAAAAGAUCAACUCUCCAAGUGAAGAUGGUGAUAGCAGAUGUCCGUCAGAUUCAGACAUACAAUCAGCUUCAGAAGAAAGCAAAAGACAGGAGUCUUCUCAUCAUCAUCAUCUGCACUUUGCAUGUUGUUCACCAAUUCUCUUCCUCACUCGUAAGGUGGAGAUGUUGAAAGCAAGAUUAGAAAAGAGGCAGUACAAGACAUCUAAGGUCGCAGAACUAUUAAUAGCAUACUGUCAGCAGUAUCGAGAUUACGACUCGUUUCUCUCAGCGGCAGAGCUGGGUCCAAAUCCUUGGAUAUCAGACGACACAGCAUUGUGGGAAGCUGCCUCAACUAUGAGUCUGAAGGAAGUACCAGUGUACAGGGUAAAAAAAUGGGGUUUCUCCUUCGAUGAUCUCUUGAAGGAUUCCCUAGGAAGAGAUCAGCUUUCAAAGUUCCUGGCUAAGGAGUUCAGUGAAGAAAAUCUGAGGUUUUGGAUUGCAUGUCAAGACCUCAAAAAGAUGACUUUCAGUCAAGUACCAGCAAAAGUGCAGCAAAUAUACAGUGAAUUCUUGUCGGACAGUUCACACAGUCCUAUCAACGUGGAUUCUAAAAUCCUGGACACGACUCGCAAAAAUAUGAAGAACCCAAACCGCUACACCUUUGAUGCCGCCCAGGAACAUAUAUACACGCUAAUGCGCAGCGAUAGUUACCCCCGUUUUCUCAGGUCGGAACAGUACAAGGAGCUGCUUAACCCAAAGAAAAAGACCAAGUCUCUGAUCCCUAAAUUGCCCAGUCUGGCAACCAAGGCCGAAGUCUUGGAUAAAUGAUGCCGCUUGCAGACGCUUCACCUCAACACUAAUCAUGCACCCUAACAAGUUAAUGCAGCAUCUUACCAAUCUACACAUAGUCUAACCAAACCUGUUUGAACAUCUCAUGAAUCUACACAUAGUCUAAAUACCAGACCUGAGCUGAAUAUGGCUAUUUUUCCCCCAUGGAUCAUGGCUCUCAUAGAGCAUUGUGACCAAUGCAUGUGUGUUGGAUGAUGAUUGGUGACUAUCUAAAUUCCAUCAGAGUAGUACCAGGAUUACCCUACCAUCCAACAAUCACAUACAUCCUUUAGAACGGCAAUCAUGCAACUAACAUCAGACACCUUGCUACACGCAUGGACUACCCGACCUACCCCAGGAACUACCUACCUGAGUGGCUUUUUACUAGCACUGCUUCAUGAGAAACAAAACUACUUCUAAACACUGACAUGUAAAGGCGUGCAAUGACAUGCUAGGCAUUAAUAAAGACAAAUUAACAGCUCGCAAGAGACUACAGAGACAUGAUUAUGAUGUCUCUCUGUUUCAUUAAUGUGUGUGUUCUUCAACGGACCAUCUUCUACAAAAGAGAAGAGACAAAGAUACUCUUGCACAGAUUUUUGCAUAUUCUCUGGUCCUUCAAUUUUUUUUAAAGAACUUUUAUAUGAGAUUGAAGUAGAGUAUGAAUUGUUUCUUUCCCUUUUUGCCAAUCAGAAGCAGAGAUUAUUCUCUUAUAAACCCUUGCCUAUAUAACCUAUCUUCUCUCACUCCUCUUCUCUCUGGAUAUGCUGAUUUGACUUAGAUGGGUGUUAACUCACGAUGGCAACGAGCAGCACUGCUUGUUCGAUCUCAUCUUCAUAAUAGGACACCAAUGGCUUCAAAUGAGGAACCAAUGAGUCCUGCACGCAAAGUUCAAACAUUAUGAUCAUGUGAUGUAGGAACAGAAUAAAGCUGGAAGUCAUACCCUAACGUGUUGUUACCUUGGACCACCAAAGGUUUGACCGGCAGCCAUCGUGAGUGCUACUACAAUUUUUAUUGUGAGACGUGAUAGCUGUAGUAUGCGUCGAAAGAGAAGUCUUUGUGUGUGAAGAAAUGAAAGACUAGCUAAUGAAGGCAGGAAUGUGAUAGAACCGUAUCUGAUUCUGCAUAAGCUACAUGUAUGUAGGAAUAACAAAGAUCACUUCUGAACUCCCAGCAUAGCGGAUAUCUACAAGCUUCAUAAUAUGCAAGUUCAAGUGUUUAGCAGAUAUAUUAAUGUUACGCUUACAGUGUAGGUCAGGGAUCAACUAUUCACCUAAAUCAUGUUCUAAUAACUACUCUGAUAUUCAGUUAUCUAAAUGAAAUUCACCCUUGGAUAAUUUUAUCAUAUACAGUGCGGUGAGUCCUUGGUCUACCAGCGUAGAAAAAAAAUACACAUGUACAUGUUCAUGAUUUACAAAGUAGUCUAUUUUGCACAAGUUAUUAGAAUCCAUAGUUACAGCAUCACAGUCCAUUGUCUUAAAGGAAUUAUCAUGGAGCUAAUAUGUCUGUAAUUACACUUAAUGACCAAAAAAAAAUGUUAAUAUCAUUUAAAUUUUGAAAUUUGUAGGUGGAUUACAAGCAUGUAGAAUGCAUCUUUAUUUGAAAUAAGCUAUUGUUAUGGCAUUCUUCAUACAGAAUAUUGUCAGGGGACAUGUUUGAAAUCUAAUAUGGAUGUGUGUUUGUCAAUCAGCAUGUUGCUACAGGAUACAUGAAAAGUAACCAUUUUAAUCUCGAAAGGAUUUAAAAGGUAUCCCAGGAGAAUACAAAAAAUCUGAUCUCUCAAAAACAAAUGAAUUAUCUUGAAGCAUAUUUGAGCAUACAUGAUCAGGGAAAUUGGCUAUUAAGUUGAAAAAGUUGUCACAGUUGUGAUACAAACCAAUUAACCUUUCUAAGAACUGAAUCUAUUAUGCAUAGACUGUAUGCAGGAACAAUUCAAUUCCUUUAGCCAAUAGAUUCAGUUUGAACAGAUGGCAAGAAUGCUUAUAAAAAUGCAUCUGUAAUGAUUGUUGUCUUUGUUUUCCAUUUCAAAUAUAAUAUGUCCAAAAUCUGACUAUACAGUGCAUCCCAGAAAAGAACAGAACCAAAAAUAAUUGAUGAAUGAUAAAAACGUAAUCACAAAUACAUUAGACAAAUUACCUAUCAUUGUAAAGCUUAGAAUCUCCUCUUUCACCUGGUAUAACUCAAAAGAAAAAUCACAUGUCUAAAUAGUUCAAUAUCUGCUCUUUAAUUUGAUACCUCAAUCACCUAAAAAAUGAUGGUCAUCUCAAAUAACAAAGUUCAAAUAAUACUUGAAUUUCAAUAAUUUAAAAAUGAAGAUGUUUUACUUGCUUGCUGCCAGACAUACUCAACACCAUGUUUGUUGACGGUCAGCCAUGCAUAAAUUCUUUUGUUAACCAUGCGACAGCUACUUGAGGGAAUCUGUGAAAACACAUUUGUUUCAUGAAAUUUAUAGAGUUACCAGUCCAAGCUUUAUUUUAUAGAGAUAGAACUUUGUUUUUUCAUGACCAUUUUGGGGAUAUCAAAAUAACAAGCAGAUAUCAAAUAAAUAAAUUCUCUGCUUUAUUUCUGGUUGCACUAUAAUGUUCUUAUUCUUGACUAAAAACCUGAAAAGGUCAGAAAUCAUUGGGAUUUAAAAUCCUGUAGCAACAUGCCUAGUGACAAUCAAGUAAAAAGACAAUUAUUUGGGGCAUAACCCAAUGAAAUGAGGUACAUGUAGUGAAGUUUAAGAUUGUUUGUUCAUGUAGUCCUUCAUUGUUUUCCUUUAAUUUCAUUCCAAUUAUCUUCUUGGAAUAAAACUGCUAUGAUAAAAAAAAGAUUUUAUUAUGAUUUUUGUAGUAUAAUGAGAAUAGUAUAUUCCAUUUUAUAUAUUAUAGAAAAUGAUGUUUAUUGCAAUAUUGGGUAUAAGUACGAUUUCUAAGAACUGCUGGUUAGUUCAAGUAAACAAUGCUUUUAUUAUUGGUGUUAUUACUAAUGGACUUAUGAAUUGCAAAGCAGGUGUUUUAUCUUCAUGUGAUAGUGGAUUACUUAUAGCCCAUUGAUUUCAUUUGAAAAUCAUAAGAUUAACCAACUGUUGAGUUAAAGUAGUGUAUUAACUUUAAAACAAAACUAUUCCUUGUUUUUUAAUGUGAACUAAUACAAGAUUAUGAGUUCCCUAGUAACAUCACAUUUGAAAAAAAAGGUUCUGAAAGGUUAUUAAUAACUUAUCCUAUCAUAGGUUUCUUGCCAUUACAUUAAAACAGUAAAGAAAUGUGCAAUUGAUUAGUCUAUUUCCAAACUUCAAGGUUUGUACUUAUGAGUGUUUAAUAUGAAGGCUGCAGAUAUUAUAUCCUCUUGGAAAUAUUACCUCAUUUUAUUUGGUGUCUUAGGAGCUAUAUGUACAAUUCAUCAUUCUCUAGUAUUGGCUCUACAAAAUUGAACUUCUAUUCUCCUACAACUAUUACUAUAAUGGGAAGUUGCAUACAGUUCUUUUAAGAUUAAAAGAAAUGAACUUGAAAAACAUGAAUAUUGUGAGCAUUUAAUUGAAAUAAAUCAAAUUUAUGGGAAAAUCAGUAGAAUGUUGAUGAGUCAAAACCUCCCAAGGCCCUUAAACCAAUAAAAAGGUUUGAAUAGGUUACACACAGUGAUGUGAAUAUUUUCUCAUUGUCAGAGAAAAAUUCAAUUUAGCUGUUUUAUGGAUCAAUCUUUGGUUUUGCUAUUAACCUUUUCAACAUUUGCUCAUAUUUCCACUAUUUUAAAAUGCUUCCAAUUAAUAAUAACUACUUGACAGUCAGAUUGGUCUUUAAUAUAUAUUAUAAAUGUUUUAACCAUUUAAAGUAUUGAACAUUUAUUUCAAAAUUCAGCAGGAAAUUAAGACAGCCAUUGAAAAAGAUUCAUGGCUCAGAUUUUCUAGACAUAAACAUCCACGGAAACACAGAUAUCACAGUAUGAGACUUAUUAUUAUUAUUCUAAAUCUAAUCAUCACAUUUUUAGGUAUCAGAAUAAGAAUUUGUAAAUCUAAAUUGGGUGACUAUUAAGUCUAAAGCAUUUAAAGAGAUGCCAGAACAAUGAAUGAAGAUACAUACAGAGAAAUUUAAUUUGUAGAUAUGAAAACAGUAAAUGGUAGUUCCAUGGAUCAAUAGUUAAAACAUUCACUAUAGAGCAUUAAAGUGACAUCCUUUUUUGGGAGGGGGAGACAUUUUAGAAUUUUCACGAUCCCAUUUCCAUAAAGCAUGCUAAAAAUAAUGGCUCUUCGUAUAGGUUAGAUUUUAUGUAUGAAGAGGAUUGAAUGAGUUUGUAAUGAAAGCUUUUCUUUCCUCAUCGUUCUUUCCCCAUGUUAGCAAAUUCCUAAGCAUUAAUUCAUUUUUGUUCGUGUAUCAAAGCAGUCUAUAGUCAACUCUUUGAUAAUAGCAACAUAUUUAAGAUCACUAAAUAAAAUAUUGAAAGAGCUACUCUCCUACACAGCUUUAGUAAUCUCUUAAAAUAUUGUUAGUCACUCUGUUCAAGAAAAACAUACAAAGUGGAAGUGAACUGCACCAUCAGGUUGGAAAAUACUGCACAUUGAUUGUAAUGUAAUAAUAAGCUUCUCUUAAUCAUAUCAAAGUUUUGUAUUUGAAAGCUUAGCUUUUACUCUUGUUACAAAUAAAGGAGCUCUGUAAUUAAUUGAUCGAGACCAGCCUAUAUAGAUUGGCUUAGCAAAACAAAAAUCACCAAGUUUCUUCAUUUCCAUGGUGAAAUGAAUGUGUUUAGUAAAUAAUGUAAUUGGAAUACUAAACAUGAUGAGCCUAAAAAUUUUCUACUUUACAUUUCUCCCUAAAACUAUGGCAGAUAUCAUUCAUGAGCAGUAACCGCUAUGCUUUUGGAAUAAUUGUAUUCAUCAUCUUAAGUUUUGUUAGUAAUCAAAAUUUUGUUUAAAAUGCAAAAUAUCUGUCAUUUGUUUUAUUGAUUUGGACUAUUAAAGUCAGUGGUGCCUAAAUAUAAAUAUGAAACAGAAAAUGUAUCAUAAUCUUGCAUAUUUAUUUAAAAGUUUGCUACAUGAUUGAACAUAUAUGCCAUGGUUGAUAUUUAAUACACAUACAUAACGAAGCAUUAGGACCUAACAGGGUGUAAGUAUGUUACUUCUCUUAUAAUUUAAUAAUUGAGCAUUUAAAAUGUCUUUGUUUAUUUGAGAAAAAAAUGAAUAUCAUUGUUUUGAGAGCCAUAUCUCGUAUAGAAAGAUUAGUUGAAUCAAUAAGUAUUGAACUCCUUUACUAAUGAUUGCAUUCAGACGUUGAAUUGAUUGUCUUAAACAUUCAUGAAAUGAACAAGUGAUAUUGACUUUCGGUGCCCAUUGAAUGAAUUAGACCAUCAAUAGUAACUACCAUGGCAGCAUUGUUCAUCAGCUGAUUAAAUCUAGGUUUCCAUGUAAACUAAUACAAUCAUUUUUCUGAAAUUGUCCCAGGUUUUUGCUAAACUAUAGAUUUACCUUGCUAGGUUAAAUGUUGAGACCAUUCAAAUUCACAAUUAGUAUGAUCACCACAAACAUUUAUUAUUUUAAUUGUUUAUUUUGUCAUUAAAAUGUAUUAUCUGUAACAAAAAUUAAAAUGGGUCUCUAUAAAGGUAUGAACUAACUUUGUUCAAAGUAAAAGAAACAUUGCUUGUGGUAGAUCAAUGAGAUGUAUACCACCUAAAUAAGAUAAUGGUCAUUAAACUAUCUGAAAAGGAGACAAAUAAUGAAAGCUUGCCAUACAUCAUGACUACGAGCAGCCAGCAGACAAACCACGUAGAUGGCUCAUUGCUGUGAUCUGUAGCAGCUGAUUCAGUGAUUUUAAUGGACAAAAUUACUUAAUACCUUAAAAGAGAAAUUUUAUAUCACAGAUGACAAUUACAAACUGGAUGUAAUAAAACUAUCAUUAUAAUUGUUGAUGCUCAUUGCCUUGAUUUUGAAAACAGAAAAUAUGGAUAUUGCUCUUAAGAGCAAUACCCCCAAAAUCUGGAGUGCACUUUCAAGAAUUAGAGUAACUAAUAUAUGAAAUUGGAUGGCAAAACGUAGUAUAUAGAAGGAACAGACUAUUUUUUUGUAAUAUUUACUUUGUUUGCCUGAAACAAUGUUGGUCAAACCUUGAUUUAAAAACUGCAGUUGUAUCACCUUUGAAAACUUUUGGAUAUUAUAUAAUCAUAAAAAUGCUAGUUUACAUAAAAAUGAAAUGAGAAGUGUUGGGAAUAUAUUAUGGGGGUGGUAAUCUCCUCAUUAACUGAAUAAUUACUUCUGCCAAAAGCCCAUAUAAACAGUGUGAACCAAGCACUCUUAUUGGAUUUUGAAAAUAGAUAAUUGUUUUACAAGAUACUUGUUAACACACUGAUAUUCCAUAUGAAGUACUACAUUACAUUUAUAAAGUUGAAAUUAGUAUGCAUAAAUUGGUUAAAUAGCGUAAAAUUUGAUUGGAUUCCUUUCUUGAAAUUUAUUAUUUCCAUUCCGUCAUUGUCUUAAUACACCUUGUAGUGUGUUUUAGUAUGGCUUCUUUAUGUUGAUAGUCAGAUUUGGGAAAUGAAGGUAUCUUGUGUAACAUCUAUUUUAUUUUUUUCUUUUGAAAAACAAAAUGUAAGCUUAUUGGUAGCAAGGUGUAGAUUUCUUUCAUAUUUGAAUUUUACAAAAUUGCAUUCUAACCAAAGCUAUGGAGAUAUUGUUCAUCGUUUACAUUUAUAGCUAUACAUUAUUAUAAUGCAUACAAGAAAAUACUUGUGAUUUAUAUUGCAAAGAAAUACUAUUAAGAUAGGAUGGGGAUUAAAAAAAUUGGGUGAGGAUUUGAUAGGCAUUUGUUUAUAUCUACAUAAAAUCAAGAAGAUUUAAUAAGAAAAAAAUAUUGAAUGGUUUGUAUGAAAUAAAUAUUCAAAAAGCAUUGUUAUUUACACUGUAUAUAUUAGGUUAUGUGUUCCAACCAAAAUUUGCACACAGCAAGAUGCUUUUUAGUAUAAGAUGAAACAAAAAUGCUGUGCAUUGUUGGAAAUCUAUGUAAUCGUACUUCUAAGGUUGUUUUAAAAGAAUACAAGAUGCUGAAAUGCUCUGGUUUUCAAAAAAUCAGGUCAUUUUAUUCUUUUUAUUUUAUCUUUUCUUUUAUAAAGACAUGCAAAGGAUGGAGUGUACAUCCAGUGUGUCUUUUGUAGAUUUACAAGAAAAUACAAAAGUACGGACUAUAAGAAAUGAAUGUGAUGCACCCAUAUGGUAUCUGCACAUUUACAGGAUUCUUGACAUAAUGUACAUAAUCAACUCAGACUAAUUUUCUAUUAUCUGCCCUAGGAGAUUUAGUUUGCACUUGUGCAAUAAAACGGCUUUAUUUCCUACCUCUGGAAUUACCGAUUUGCUCAUUUAUUACACUAUCUUGGUUUAUUGAAUUCAGUGUGGAUGUGUGUUGUGGAUGUAUGUCAUUGAGGAAGUGAUGAAAGGCAACGUCACAGUCAGAAUGGCCUGAAUUCACAAAGGUAGUUUUGAAAAGCAUUGGUUGAACCAAAGGCAGAUUUCCUGUUAAAUUAUGCUUUAGUCACAGUGCACGAAAUUGACGCCUGUUGCCAUGGUUAAGCGCGCUAUUUUAUUUGUUAAUCCACUGUUUGAAUGGACUCAUUAUUUCAAAAACAGUGGACUCAUUAACAAAAUAGCAUGGAUAAACACGAAAACAGGCGUCAAUUUAGUGCAAUGUGACAAAAGCAUGCAUCAGAAUUGGACAUCUUUUUAUGUAGGAAAUCUGCAUUAAUCAUGGGUUCAACCGACACUU